UGCAUCAAUCAACAGUCUAAAAAACCCGGUCGGUUCUGCCUCUUUAGUCGAAAAUAAUUUUUUGGAAUUUUGGAAAACGGUACGAGAUAUAUAAGUCCGUCAAAUCCACUUCCUGUCCUGUGUUAAAAAAAUUGUUUGGUGGCCAGUUUAUAGCGUCAAACGGUUCGUAUUAUUGGAAUAUGGAUUUUUUUUUGGCUGUUAUUGUUGUCGCGUAUUAAUGCGAGUGAUACAGCCAGCCAUCAGUGAAACAUAAAUCAUUAUUCCGCUAAAAAUACAAAAAAAAAACUAAAAAUAUUUUGAAUUGAUUUUCGGUUGGCGGAUUUUAAAGCCAUUGUAUACUACGUGUGUAUGUUGCUUUGUUGCAGAAAGGUGGAAAUAAUUUUUUUUUUGUUUCGACAUACAAACUGUGGCAGAGUUAGUGGAUGUUUGCGAGUGAAGAGUAUACCGGAAUAAUACACCCGGAAAUUGAUUGGAUUGAGUAGAACGAGAAAAAAAUAAGAAAAAAUUAUUUUCAUUCCCAGUGAUAAAUUCAAUUUGAUUUAGUGCUGAAAAGGUGUGCACUGUUUACCGGAGGAGCAUAAGAUACAUCCUAGAAAUAAUAGUCGUUGCGAUACGGAAUGAAGUAAAUUACGGUUUUAUAUAUCAGCACAUGUACAGCACAAAACAAAUGGAAAUUUGAUAUAUAUGCCCGAUAAGCCGGUUCAUAUAAAACGAUACAGCAAUGUGGUUGUCUCUACUGAUUGGUCUGUUCUUGAGUGAUCUGCGCAACAUUUUCGCCGUCACAUUAAAUAUCGGAAACCAAAAUCAGAUCUCCACACAAAGCUUGAAGUUGAAUUUUGGCAGCUGCACCGUUGGAAAUGAGACAUACGAACAUGGUGAAACAUUUAAGCUUGACUGCAAAACGCAAUGCGUCUGUGAGGAUGGUCGUCACGCUUGUUCAUCAUUAUGUCCGAAAGAGAAUUUACCACCACCUCGGGACACAAUUGCCUGUCGGUCGCCACGGUUAGUUGAAGUGUCUGGCCAUUGUUGCAAAGUAUGGCUGUGUGAGAAACCAACGGCUGAUGUUCAUGCAACGUGCCACAAUAUAUCAACAAGUCCUUGGUCAUCGUGCUCGGAAACGUGUGGUAUUGGUAUAUCAACCAGGGAAACAGCAACCACGACAGGAUGUCAAAAACUAAGUUCAAUACGACUGUGUCAGAAUAGACGAUGUGAUAUCAACAAUAGAGAUAACAGCAUGACGGACGAUAAUUUUUUAUACAAAACACAUAAAGUUAGGAAAGGGCAUGAAUGCCGUCAAAUGCAGAGAAUAGGUUCGUCUCGCAUACGAUUAGGACCUUGUGUAUCACGGAAAUUGUUCAGGCCGAAGAUAUGUGGUCGAUGUCAAAACCAAAGUAAAUGUUGUGUGCCUUCAGUGUCGACGACAAUUCAAGUGGAAAUGCUGUGCCCCUUGAACUCGGGAGACCCAUUAAAUUUUAUUGAGACUAAAUAUGAUCUGUGGGAUAGCAGUUCGAUCGAUCAAAUUGACGAAGAGCUGCUGCAAUCUAGACAAAUACAAAUAGAGAAUAGGUUCAUAUCGGUGCAAUGGGUGUUGAAGUGCGAGUGUAGCUCGAAGGGAAACCAUUGCUUGGAUGAUAAUGUCAGCAAGUACGAUUUGAAAGAGUUGCUGAAGAGGGUACAUCGGACAUAAGCGAAUUGUAUUUUAUUUUAGACUAAGAGCGAAACAAAAAUGAAAAGAAAAAGAAAAAUAUUUUUAUUGAUCCUUUGAAAUGUGAGCAGAAAGAAAAUCCUUCAUGUAUACACGGUUUCAACAUUACAAACACAACAACACAACCAUAAGGUCUAAUUAUUCUUGUACUUUUAGCUUGGCAAAUAAUUGGAAAAUCUUGUUCAGGCAAUUUACCGUUACAUAACCACAUACAAUUAACAACAUUUUCAGCAAUCUCAUAUAUCUACAGUGUGUGUAACAACUCCGAAACGUAUCGAUCGAAACAAGUUUUUUUUUGUUUCUUAAAAAAAACAGAAAUUCUCUUUGGUUGUAACGUUACGCAAUUUAAUUAGAUGUAAAUUCGAAGGCAAAGCGUCAAUUUGAAUUAGAAAAUGUGUGUUGUGUAACUGGAACGGAACUGCCAUCAUUAUUUGGUAUCGCCGGCAUUGAAUUUCGUUUCUGUAGUCAAUUCACGUCAUAAGUGCGCCAAAAUUUAAAUUUUUACUACUGACAGUUGGACAAAAUACCGCUGACGUCAUAUAGUAAACGUCAUCGGAUGUGCGAUGUUUUGAAAUAAAAGACACCUACGGCGCAGCGUGACUUAAAUCUAGUAAGACCGGUAAAAUUAACGAGAGCGAACAAGCUUUACCUGAGCUUCAGCAAUAAGCUUUCGGGUCUGAAUUUGAAAAGAAAACUUGUUUGCAGCACUUUUAUAGCAGCGACCGGUCGUAGGCCUCACGUGAGAUUCAGUUUCUUCUUCUUUGUAGGUCCUUGUAUGCUCCUAACUGACCAUCAUGUGAAUUUGAUGUCGUGCGUUCAAUACUCGAUUAUUGGUGACGGGAUCUUUUCUUCAUUCCUCCUCAAAGCGCUGCGAAAAUUCGGUUAUUUCCGUCAAAAUGGGAAAAGAUCACUAAAAUUCAUGAAGCUUGAAGCCACCAAAGUCUAGCAUCAGCACCAUCUCUUAGAAAGAAAAACACCCAAAAAUCGACAAUUCGUUUUUUGUAGGGUUGCAAUGAGGUGGAGAGAAUUUUCUUGUUCUUGAACGGUUGUGACGAUAAGUAAUUCAGAUUUAAGUAUACCAAUUAUGGCAUGGCCUGACCAUACAAUAGAGGAAAUUAGGUUGAAAUAACACACGUGACUACAACAGAGCAUUGAUUUUAUUGAGUUAUUUUAGGACGGGUUUGUUUCCCGUUUAUUUUCGAUGACAAAAUGUUGACAGAGAAUGUGUAAAUGAUGGUUCAUCAAAGGCAAUCCGAAAUGAGUUUUUUUAGUCUUAAAUAUUUUAUUAGUUGAUAGGAAGGUAGUCACGUCCAAAGUAUAGAUGAACAUAGGGAAAGAGUGCGUACGACAGAGGGUUUCUGUGACGACAUUUAUAGACAUUUUUGCACUUUUUAGGUUUUGUGACGAAGAUAAUUCGUUAAUUUUACAUGAUGCAAUCGGGUCAGGUCUUACUCGUUACUUUCUAACUUCAUCAAAUAUCCGGGUAGAACGAUAUGAACUCACUGCAUAUGGGUCCUGGGUUUGAUACCCGAGAUGAUCAAGCUCUCAUGUUUUAUCCUAAUCACAAGUAGUUUCUGCUAUUAGUAACAUCUAGUUAGAUCUAAUGACUCUAACGCAGUCUCAAAAAAUAAAACGAAAUUUUCAAUUGACAAGCGCGCCAUCUACAUUCAAAUAGCUAAAGUAACUAAAUAACUUCCUAGCAACCUACAUGAUCAACUAAUUUUCAUUUAUGAAUAAAAAUAGAAGUUGCUGAGUGCGGAAAACAAUUUUGCCUUUUGUCUUUGUGAUGGUGGAAAUGUGAAUCUAGAAUUUCGUACGUUGUACUGUGGAAUGACACUCCAUAUCACCACAUAAUUUAAAAAAAAAUUGUUGUUCCAGCGUCAUCUGACACAUAGACAUAUGAGCAGCCAUGUUCGUAGAGUCCAGUUUUUAAUGUCAGACAAUUACUCUGACCGUACACAUUUGCAGACAAAGCUAACACAGAAAAUCCACUAACAAAAGAAAUCCCAAAAGAAAUGAGAUUUGUAAUUUGAAAUGUUGUGCAACAAAGAGAAUUUUCCAACACUUCUCUGCUGUACGAAUUUGUGUUUUAUGUGCACGGAUCUAGCUAUAAAUCAAAUAUUAAAUUUUAAUUAACAAUUUCUCGAAAGUUUCUUUAUAACAUCCUCCCCCACCCCCCGAUUCCCUUUGCUAUUUCUCGUUUCACUUUAUACAAUAUAUUAAUAUCAGAAACUCUUCCGAUUCGAUUCGGAGAGACUUUCCCAAUUCAAUUAUCCUUCUUAUAUUUUAACGAAAUAUAAUAUUUGGAAUUGAGUUAAAAAUUAAUUUUCUGAUAAAAUUUCGUAACUUUAACACUGAGGCACAUAAUACCAUUGGCAUAAUGUCAUUAUCUUUUCCAACAACAUGUUCCAAACACAAUUGAAAGUGAGAGAGGAGAGAAGAGAAA